CUCUAUCUUUUUCUUUGGAACCACACGGCCUCUAAUUCGAUCGAUCAUGCACUGUUCCUCUCUCUAAAAAUUCCUCAUUUUCAGCUCGCUUUCUCUCUCUAAACCCAGCUCCCAAUGCCGCCGGAGACUCGCCGGAGAUCAUAGGUCCGAUGGCCCGAUCCGCCGCCGGCGCAAGCCCUUGUCUAUCUGCCAAAGCCUUAGCUCAAAGUCCUGAUCCCUCGUAUCCAGCUGCCGCCAGGAAGCCCCGCCGCCGUCGGAUCCGGAGCGCCGUCUUCUCCGGAAGCGCCGUUGCGGGAGGGAGACGGAGUGGACCUGCGACGCCGCUAGUCAGGUGGAAGUUUGAUGUUGGUGAUCGGUCCGCUGAUGUGGUGCCGGAUGAGGGGCCGAAGGUGAGGAGAAAGAGGCAUCGCACCGUCGCUCCGGCGGUUUCAGCGAGGAGGCUUGCUGCAGUGAUCUGGCAGCUCCAGCUUUCGGAGGUUGGGGGUGGCGGCGGGAAGGGGAGAACCGGUCGAGAUGGUACUGAGCCUGUGCCUGGUCAUCUGCAAAACCCAUAUGUCCCUAUUCAUGCUGGUUCUGGCCUCCAUGGCAAUGUAAAGAAUAAGUCUGCAAGCUGGGUUACGGCCCCCAGUCCAGAGAAUGCCAUUUUGCAGAAGUUUGAUGGAUCUGGCACAUUGCAUAACUACGUGAUGGAGAAGGCGACUAAGUGGGAUCCCGGAUGCUCAAAAGCAUCAGAUGACGUCUUUAGGUUUUAUAGUCACCUUAAGCUUCUUGAGGACCAGCAGGUUACCACUGUCUCUGUUGUUUCUGCACUCCAAUCAGAGGUUGAUCAGGCUCGUGCUCGCAUCAGUGAGCUUGAGACUGAACGCAGGUCGGCAAAGAAAAAGCUCGAUCACUUCUUGAGGAAGCUCGCAGAGGAGAAAGCUUCCUGGCGUAGCAGGGAGCAUGAGAAGAUCCAGGCGGUUUUAGAUGACAUGAAGGCUGAUCUUAAUCGGGAGAGGAAGAACCGACAGAGAAUCGAAACAGUGAAUUCUAAGUUGGUCAGUGAGCUUGCAGAAGUCAAGUUAUCUGCCAAGAGAUUCAUGCAAGACUAUGAGAAAGAACGGAAGGCCCGAGAGCUGAUGGAAGAAGUAUGUGAUGAGCUCGCGAAGGAGAUAGGAGAAGACAAAGCUGAAGUUGAAGCCUUGAAGAGAGAAUCUCAGAAGAUUCGAGAGGAAGUUGAUGAAGAGAGGAAGAUGUUACAGAUGGCAGAGGUUUGGCGUGAGGAGAGGGUUCAGAUGAAGUUGAUCGAUGCCAAGCUGACCCUUGAGGAGAAGUAUGUGCAACUACGCAGACUUCAAACCGAUUUAGAGAUAUUUUUGAGUGAGAAGGGCGAUACCAAUCUAGAUAAGGCUGAAAUAAGAGAGGCAGAGGCACUCCGGGAGGCAGUUGGCUCGGUCAAGGUUCAAGAUAUCAAGGAGUUCACAUACCACCCGCCAUCUGCUUCAGAGGACAUUUUCUCCAUCUUUGAAGAGCUCCAACCGAGAGAAGACACCGAUGAAAGAGAGACUGAACCUUGUUAUGGGUAUAGUCCUGCGAGUCGGGCUUCUAAAGUCCAUACGGUGAGUCCUGAUGUCAAUGGAUUCUUGGAAAAAUCUUCCAGGAGAUACUCAACUGGGAUAAUGGAUCGAGAUGGGGAUGUAGAAGAUGAUAGCGGAUGGGAAACUGUGAGCCAUGUUGAGGAGCAGGGAUCAAGUAAUUCCCUCGACGGGAGUGAUCCAUCUGUAAAUGGAAUCUGCGAAGAAAGUAACGCAUCACUGAGUGGUACUGAUUGGGAGGAGAACGGAAUUCAUGGUAGAUCAAGAAGUGAAAUAAGUGAAAUUUGUUCUUUAACUACUAAACAACCGACGAAGAAGACGUCUUCUAUAGUUAGGCUUUGGAGGUCAUCAGGUCCAAAUAAAGGGGAGCAUCCAAAGAAAAUUUCAAUGGAGACGAUCAACGGGAGACUGUCAAAUGGGCGAAUGUCAAAUGCCACUCCAUCUCCAGACAGACGGUCAGGCGAAAUUGGACUGAGCCCGCGGAGCUUGGGCCAUUGGAGCUCACCUGACUCGAUGAAUCCCCACAUCGCUCGGGGGAUGAAGGGAUGUAUCGAAUGGCCAAGAGGCAUGCAUAAGCAAAGUCUAAAAUCGAAACUUCUCGAGGCAAGGGUGGAGAACCAGAAGAUUCAGCUGAAACAGGUCCUCAAGCAAAAAAUUUGAUCUCUUUUCUCUUUCUGAGAGUACCGCGAAAUGAUUCAAUGGUUUUACAAGUUCAUGUGAAUGUAUUGUAGCAUCUGUAGAAUUUCCACUUUGCUGUAUAUUGUAAAACCAAUUAAGAGAUCAUAAUGCACAAAGUGGUGGCAUAAUUAUUUAAUCUAAAA